AUGAGCUGGUGGUGGACGGGCGCGAUCGGCGCGGUCAAGAAGCGGCAGGACGAGCAGGCGGCGGCGGCCGAGCCCUCGUACCAGAGCGUGGCCCUCGUCGUCGGAUCCACCGGCAUCGUCGGCACCUCGCUCCUCGACAUCCUCCCGCUCGCCGACACCCCCGGCGGGCCGUGGAAGGUCUACGCCGUCUCGCGCCGCCCGCUCCCGCCCUGGUCCCCGGCGCCCUCCCCCGCCGUCACCCACCUCCACCUCGACCUCGCCGACGCCGCCGCCGUCGCCGAGGCCCUCGGCGCCCUCACCGACAUCACCCACGUCUUCUUCGUCGCCUGGACCAGCCGCGCCACCGAGGCGGAGAACCGGGAGGCCAACGCCGCCAUGCUCCGCAACGUGCUCUCCGUCGUCGUCCCCAACUGCCCGGCCCUCGUCCACGUCUGCCUCCAGACCGGCCGCAAGCACUACGUCGGGCCCUUCGAGGCCAUCGGCAAGGUGCAGACCCCGGACCCGCCCUUCACCGAGGACAUGCCGCGCCUCGACUGCCCCAACUUCUACUACGACAUGGAGGACAUCCUCUUCGACCAGGUCUCCCGCCGCGACGGCGCCGUCAGCUGGUCCGUGCACCGCCCCACCACCGUCUUCGGCUACUCCCCGCGCAGCGCCAUGAACCUCGUCGGCAGCCUCUGCGUCUACGCCGCCAUCUGCCGGAAGGAGGGCGCCACGCUCCGGUGGCCCGGCUCCAGGGUCACCUGGGAGGGCUUCAGCGACGCCUCCGAUGCCGACCUUAUCGCCGAGCACGAGAUCUGGGCCGCCGUCGAUCCCUUCGCCAAGAACGAGGCCUUCAAUUGCAGCAACGGGGAUCUCUUCAAGUGGAAGCAUUUGUGGCCGGUCCUCGCCGAUCACUUCGGGGUGGAAUGGGCUGGCUACGAAGGGGAGGAGAACAGGUUCAAGCUCGAGGACGCCAUGGCCGGAAAGGAAGCCGUCUGGGCGGAGAUUGUCAGGGAGAAUGACCUCAUAACGACGGAGCUUGACGAGAUCACCAAUUGGUGGUUCGUCGAUGCCAUGUUUGCUGUCGAGACCCAGCUUCUGGACAGCAUGAACAAAAGCAAGGAGCAUGGCUUCCUGGGCUUCAGGAACACCGUCACCUCUUUCAACACAUGGAUCGAGAAGAUGAAGGUCUUCAAGAUUGUUCCUUGA